AUGGCUCACAUACUUGACGACAAGUCUCAAUACUGCAUUCCGUUUCUUCUGGAGAAAUUGAACGUACACGAGCAGAAACAUGUAGGAGAUUCGAGUCCUCCGCCUUUCUUUGUCGGACUCAACGGUGUCCAAGGUGCGGGGAAGACAGCGCUGGUCACCCUCCUCCGCUCAACUCUCUCCUCCCCGCCGUACAAUCUCACCACGAUAACCUUUUCUCUGGACGACAUCUAUCUCAACCACGCCGACCAACAACAACUGGCGUUGUCACACCCCUCGAAUCCACUCCUCCAACACCGCGGCCAGCCCUCCACCCACGACAUUCCACUUGGCCGCCAGGUCUUCGAUUCCCUCCGCCAGGGCUUACCCACCAAGAUACCCGCAUAUGAUAAGUCAGCAUAUAGCGGCCAGGGCGACCGUCUACCCGAAAGCGAAUGGGAGGUUGUCAAUGACGUUUCGGCUGGUCAGAAACGAGUUAAGGUGGUGAUAUUCGAAGGCUGGUGUGUGGGGUUUCGAGCACUACCGGAAGAGAAAUUGCGCAAGGCUUGGGAGGAUGCCGUGCAAUUGCGGAUGAGAGGCCUGGAUGGUUAUAUGGGGCGAUUAGGAUAUGUGAAGUUCGAGGAUGUGAAAGCUAUUAAUGACGCAUUGAAGGAGUAUGAUGCUUUUACUGAUCAGCUGGAUGCGUUCAUACAUAUUGAUGCCGAGGACACCCAUUUCGUCUAUGACUGGCGCCAGGAACAAGAGCGCAACCUACUCUCCACCAAGGGCGCCGGAAUGACUGUCGAGCAGGUUAACAAAUUUGUAGAUGGCUACUACCCCUCGUACGAACUCUUCACGCCAACUCUUCGCACAGGGGUUUUCGCGCCCAAACACAAACCCGAGCAGCAGCGUGGUUCGGCUGGCGACGACUGCUCGUGGAAGGGCAAACAACUACGGCUGACUGUAAAUCGGCAGAGGAAGGGGGGUAGACUGAACCGAUUGGCCUUGGCAGCGACUCUGGUGGGAAGCAGAUAG